AUGGAGCAAAAAGUAGGAACUGGAGCGUUUGGUGACGUUUUCCGAGGUUCCAUGCAAGAGGGACCCAGCAAACCUCCGAUCGAGGUCGCAAUCAAAAUGACGAAGCUGAAUGAUGAAAACAAAGCUCUGAUGCAGGCCAUGUAUCGGGAAGCGCGUAUCAUGCGACAAUAUAAACACAGGAACAUUGUUGCUUUCUAUGGAGUCGUGCAACAUACCGCAGACAGUAUUAUGAUUGUUAUGGAGUUCAUCGACGGUGGCUGCUUGAAAGACUACAUCAAGAAAACGCGUGAUGUGGGUUGA